ACCGUGGCCGUGCGAUAUUGUGCGUCUUGCAGUCACGGUGGACCAUAGCAUCACCCUUUAGCGCUUCAAGCUAGUUUAAUAAGUUCAAACAAUCCCUUUGGUAGGUGGCCUGUAUCGAGCAUGACCGCUUUGCAGUCUGUCCCGAGUAAAGUUUCCGCUUUCCUAUCCAAAUGUGAUGCCUCAAACGAGAUUUAUAUCACCCAUUUGGACGAGACUCCUGUAUCAGGUAAAAAAGGCCAUUUUCUAUCAUUAUUCAUUUUAAACGUCGUCUGGUCAAUUCUACUCGCUCGCCGCAUCAUAUAUGGCGUGUCUCGCUAUGGUAUCGCCUUCCUGUAUUCAAGGAUGAUGUCUAGGCCGGCAGCACCUCCUUCAAUGCCCUUGACGACGUUAGCGGGUCAUGUCUGUGUUGAUAUAUUCUUGUUCUUCGUACUUUGGCCUACUGUAUAUGACUUUGUCACUGGCCUUGCUAUGCUUCGCUUGCAGCACAAAUUUCCGCAUCCCGAAAUCGUUUUCCGCAAACCUUCAUCUGCUACUGUCGCAAACAUUGUCGUUCAACCCGAUGUACAAAGGAACGCAUACAUAGACGAAGUACUGCGCCGCGCCAUCGACCCUGCUGACUAUGGUAUGCCCUGGGACGAGUGGCUUGUCGACCAUCGAGCUAUGUCCGCUGCCAAUGCACUCGCGAAAACCGGCGAGAUAAAACCGGAAACAUGGAAGCUUACUGUGUGGAUGAAAAUGAAGGAUGGGUGGGUGACUCUCGAGCAAUGGAGAAAGCAGAGCGCUCAAGUUACUACUGGUAUGAUGGACCUGCUUAAGAAAAAAUUAGAAGCAAUGGGGAAGCAGGAUGUCUUUGAACAGAUGAUAGAAGUUAUCCACGUCAAAACUAUCGCAUCUGAUGGUUCUCCUCUGCCGGUCACCGAUGAGGUUGACAAUAUCAUCGCGGAUAUAUUCAAGCGCAACGACCUCGAUUUAGUGCAGCUAACGAAGGAGAUCGGUCAAGAGAUGGCAAUACCUGUGGAUUCUCCAGAAAUCGCUGCGUCCAAGUCCAAGUCUAAGUGAAGCUACAGUCAGCUGUAGACGGAGAUGUCAGUAGUAUUUGCUCAGUGUUCUACGUGGAUAAUAAUACGAUGAUGCUUAUGAAUGCUGUUAUUUAUACUAUUUUAUGAACUGGAAAUUGUACAAUUUCAUGGAUACAGCUCCUGUUCACUA